ACCAAAAAUACAAGACAGUAUGAUUUUCACAGUUCUUCAAAGCUCCGCUCCUCCAGAGGCAGAAGCUGAAGCUGCUGGCUGCCUUUGUGUGACCCUCCUUGGGCGUGGGGCGACUACUGUGCGUCAGUGAGUGCCUGCCUUUGCUAGCACCGACAAACCUACAAACGCCUUUCACCUCAGAUCCACAAACUUUUCAGUGACGACUUCACACCUGCUAUUUACCAACAAGAUCCAUCAUCCGACUCCCAGUCACCAGUCAAGAGUCGUAUUUCACAACAUUUUCUCCUAGCCUGACAAAAGGGAGAAAAACUCUGCGUUGGUUCAGACUGCUGCCAGCUCUAGUCGUUCACCUGUAUAUCCGCCGUUUGGCAAGACCAUCGCUGCGUCCGGAAAGCUCUAGCUAGCAUCUCUGCUACUUAUAGUUGGUCAUUGCUGCACCAUAUUGAAGGCACCUUUGUUCUUGUUGGCUAUAACCGGCUGUAGCCCUGGUCACGGCUCAAACUGUCCUUGAAAAUGGCCACCGUACUUGACCAACCUCCAACGGAGCCCCAGACAUCUCCUCCCGAAAGCUCAGCCGAAGAAACCGCGCCCGUUUUUAUCAAUAGAGGCGUUGUUUCAAAUCCUCUCAUCAACAAACUAAAGUCGACCCAUACCGACAAGGGCGUCUUGAUUCCUCUCAAAACCACACAAGAAGUUCGACAGGACCAUACCGUUGUACAAGCUUGGGUCACCCGGGCUCCAACUAAAUGUGCUAAUGACGUUAUUGGAGCCCUACGUGACAUGAAGCCGGAUGGCGCUGCUAAUCCCUUGCCACAUCUUCGCCGCUGUGCAAAACCUGCUGAUCUCCCGCCACACUUCAAAACACAAUUCAUGAAUGAUUCUCCCGAGGGAAGGCAGAUUCAUACAUCAAAGUCGACUUGGAUUUACAUCAUCAUUGGUGAAACAAAAAAUAUCGACAAGGAAGAGUUGCUGCAGACCCUUGGUGCUGUGGACGGACUCGAACAGGAUGUAUUUUUGACUAGCAUCCCAGUUCCCUUGUUGGCUCCCACCUCGCAGGUCCAGGCUGCCAUGUGGUCGAUGCAAUUUUGGCCAACUGUGUAUCGCAAGAAUAACCCUCUUGGACCUCACCCUAGCAUGGUGGCUCGAAGCACGGACGAAAUCAAGAGUGAUGCUUCCAUCUGGAUGGCUCUCGCAUACGAUGUAGCCGCAAAGGCCAAACAGUCUGGUAUUGGAGAGGCUAUCGGUGCCGUUGUUGUUCAGCGAGAUCCGUCUGGCGUACAGCUCGUUGCCGUUGCUGGAGAUGCUAGGUGGCAUAACGAUAGUCCUUUAAACUUGCCCCAUAAUCCCAUGACGCAUUGUGCCCUUCGUGCUAUUAGCAUGGUGGCUCAAAAGCUUGUCAGACAUGAAAGACGCGCCGCGGGCUUUGAUAUGUCGUUUGCCAAUCUGGAAUACGAUGCCUUCCAGGAUGCGCCACUCUUGGACAUGGAAAAGGUUUGCUUUGAGCAAGAACAUCCGAACAAGGAUGGAUACUUGUGCCAUGGGCUUGAGCUGUACAUGACACACGAGCCUUGCAUCUCAUGCUCUAUGGGCAUUUUGCACUCCCGCAUGGGCAAAGUCGUCUUCUCCAACCACAUGCCACGCACAGGUGGGCUCAGUUCAGACGACCGACCUGAUGAUGGAGGACGUGGCUUGGGUUUAUUCUGGAGAAGAGAGCUCAACUGGAGUCUUCUUGCAUGGGAGUGGGAACGUGAUGGAGUUCCAGAGCUUCCAAGACUACACCCGACCACUCAUGUUUAGGCGUUGUGGUGGCCUUUCAGCCACAAAACAAGAAAGAGGAGCAAACGGUAUCAACACACAAAGCAUUGGUAAUGGUAGCAACCGAUGGGCGCUGGGCGGCGACAUACAUAAUGAAUAACAUGAAAGACUUUUCAAAUAAUAUGCUGAUUGAAGUAUUUUUUACCAUGAUUAAGAGAAAUACGGAUGUAAGGGGCUGAAAGUACUAAUGCGAGAAAGUCUACCCGGUAGGGGUUGGCAGAUGCAACGAUUGUGUAUAGCUAGCAAGGAGGCAAAUUCACUGCGAUUAAAUAUCUGAUUGGUUGCCAACUCUUGCCACUGCUGGUACAUCAAUGCGAAGCUGGGCUCAGCUCUGGGCUGAAGACGCAUCGUACGGC